AAUUUCAUCUUUCUGCUUCCCAAAUCCCCCCCAAAACCCUCGGCCUUCCUCUCAAUUCUGUAUUCCCAAACACAUUCCCAAGAACAGAAAUGUCUUCUGAAGAUGCAAAACCUGUCAAGAGUGAAGUAGACGACGAUGAAAACGACGAAAAAUCCCUCAGUCUACUCCUUAAAAACAAGAACAAAAAACCCAACGGCAGCGCCAAAUCACUUUCUCUAAAGAAUGAAGUAGACGACGAUGACAAUGACGAGAAAUCCCUCAGCUCAAUCCUUAAAAACAAGCCCAAAAAACCUAACUCCACCAAAUCGCUUUCUCUCAAGGAUGCCAAGUUAAAGAAAUCAGAAUCGAAAGUGAAGAAAGAAGAACAAUCUGAUGACGAUUUCACGCCCAAGAAGAAAACACCCAACAAUGAUAAACCCAAGAAAGAAGUAACCGGAAGUGCUGAAACGAAGAAGACACCCAUCAACAAGGUGAAGAAGGAGGAAGCUGGAAAUGCUAAUACGAAGAAGACACCAAUCAGUGAGGUCAAGAAGGAAAAAACUGGAAAUUCUGAUAAGAAAAAAGUGGUAAAUUCAAGUGAGAAAAAUGGGAAGAAGAAAGAAGAAAAGAGAAAGAGUGGUAAAGGAGAAGAUGUUAAGAAGAAGGAAAAGAAGGUGUAUGAAAUGCCUGGUCAAAAGCGGGACCCACCCGAAGAGAGAGAUCCAUUAAGAAUUUUCUAUGAAAGCUUGUACGAACAAAUACCUACUAGCGAAAUGGCUGCAUUUUGGAUGAUGGAAACUGGGUUGCUGCCAAAAGAUGUGGCCAAGAAGUUAUUUGAGAAGAAACAGAAGAAAGCUCAACAGCUAAAACUUGGGGCACCAAUGACAACAGUAGUCACUGUUAAGAAGAAAAGUGUUUCGUCUGUAUCGAUUAAGAAAAAGACUAUUUCAACUGAAAAGAAGAAAAAAACCGAUUCAUCUAAUUCAUCUGUGCAACCAAAGAAAAUAAAGAUUUUGGAAGACAGUGAUAAUGAAUCUGAUGAUGAUUUUGUUAUAAGUAGAAAGAUCAAGAAACCAAAAGUGGCUUGAUUUUGGGAUUUUUAGUAUUUUGGUUAAAUUCUGGACCUUGUAUUGUAGUGACAAUUGUUUUUAGUUGGAGUU